AUGGAUGGCUACGAAUUAGAAGACGCGGCUGCUUACUCGGGAGUGGGCAAAGUAAGCGUCGUCACCUAUGAUGCGGGGGAUAGCUCAGAUGAAGAGGCACCCGAAGAUGGAAAGUUUCGCAAAGUUGAGGUGGUGCCGAAGGCGAAGAAGGGGCAACGUGAACUGAUGAGUAUAUUGACGUCAACGGGCAAGGAGCUCGUAGAUCUGGACAUGGCACUGCCUUCCUUGACGAGGCAGGGUGUCUACACCACAAAGUUGCAACCGAGCAUACGACGGCCCCGCAAGUGGUUUUGGGCUCCGUUCAAGAACGAGGCGCGAAACGACGGACUCGAACUGUGCCAUUGGCUACGCCAAGAUCGGAAACGAUUAAAGAUACCGUACCUCUUUGCAAAGUUUUCAAACCAGGACCCGGGAAUUCCCACGUUUACCGACGAGGAAUACGAGGAGCACCUGGAAAAUGAGGAUUGGACAAAAGAAGAGACCAUGUAUCUACUGGAAGUCUGCGGGCGCUUUGACUUACGAUGGCCAAUCGUCUUUGACCGCUACGACCAGACGGUCUUUGGCGAAGAACGCACGAUGGAAGACCUGAAGGAACGAUUCUACAGUAUUCUCUCGGAAGUUGAACAGCUGAGAUCUCCGACGGCACCGCGGCACGACUUUGACGCGGAUAAUGAGCGAAAGCGGAAGGAUCAACUUGAGAGGCUUUGGAGCCGGACUUCCGAGGAAUGGAUCGAAGAGCAACAACUGAAGAUUGACAUGGAACGACUCGAACAGAAACGGCGUCAACGCGAGCGCAGAGCCCUGGAACUUCAGAGGCUGAUCACGACCAGCUACGAGAUGGCAGCCCCGGCCAGCCCUUCUGCGAAUUCGGCAGCUCUAAUGAAGAAAAACCAAUCUCGAGGUCGGGCUGGUGCGCUGAUGAUGCCGACCCCGAAUGUGAAUUUGGACCUGGCCUCGACGCAGUUGCGCUUCAGCGAAUUCCGCGGAUCCGGCGUCCACCUUCGAAGUCAAGAAAUGAAGUUGCCGACAAAUCUCGGGCAGAAGAAGCUGAAGAACAUUGAGACGGUUCUCGAGAAACUGAAGCUCGACAUGAACCCGCUGGGCUCGGAGAAAAUCGUGGCCGUCUAUAACGAGUUCCGAUCCCAAAUUAUGUUGCUUCAGGAAUUGAAAGCCACUUUGCAAACCACCGAAUAUGAUCUCGAGACCGUUGCCGCCAGAUUGCAACAACAGGGCACGAUGCUCGAAAUCGAUCCGAAGUUGCGCGUAUCAACAUUGCCCGAAGGCGGACUGUCCAACACAUUCCUCGAAUGUCCCGGCGCCCCGCUCAGCCGGCGCCGAAUCACCAGCUACCUCGAGCUCCUCACGAAGGCGGACGGCAGCCAUACCCGCAAGCGCAAAAUCACGGGCCCCACGCACCCUCCGGCCGCGGCAAGCCCGACGCCGCCCGAGAUCAAGCGUACUCGAAAAUCCUCGCUUUUG